AUGGGGCGGGCGCCGCCGCGGCCCCAGGACAUUCCGGGCGUGAAGCACAUCGUAGCCGUGGCGUCAGGGAAAGGCGGGGUCGGGAAGUCGACGAGCGCGGUGAAUCUCGCUGUGGCACUCGCGGCCGCGCCCCUGUCGCUCCGCGUCGGUCUCCUCGACGCAGACGUGCACGGACCGAGUAUACCUACAAUGAUGAAGCUCUCUGGCCAGCCUGAGCUCGACGACGACGGGAACAUGAUCCCACAGGAGAACUACAGGGUGCGGUGCAUGUCGAUGGGGUUCCUGAUGAAGCCCGGGCAGGCCGCGGCGUGGCGCGGCCUCAUGGUCACGAGCGCGUUGGAAAAGAUGAUGUUUGGCACGAAGUGGGGCGGUCUGGACGUGUUGGUGGUCGACAUGCCCCCCGGGACCGGCGACGCGCAGAUCUCCGUGUCGCAGCGGCUGAAGCUCUCCGGCGCGGUGAUCGUCAGCACGCCGCAGGAGAUCGCGCUCAUUGACGCGCGGCGCGGCGUGGACCUGUUCCACCAGGCGCGCGUCAAGGUGCUCGGGCUGAUCGAGAACAUGUCGUUCUUCGAGUGCGGGAACUGCGGAUCCCAAGCGCACGUCUUCGGGCACGGCGGCGCGCGGGCGGCGGCGGAGGAGAUGGGCGUGCCGUUCCUCGGCGAGGUCCCGUUGCGCGUGGCAGUGCGCGAGGCGAUGGACGCAGGGAAGCCCGUGGCGCUCGACACGGGCAGCGCGGCGGGGUCGGAGUUCGCGAGCAUCGCGCAGCGCACGUGGGGCAUCCUGCAGGCGAUUCACAGGGGCUGA